CGGGAGGUGACGUCAUUGAUAUAGUCGGUUUGAAUCUCUGGUUGUCGUUAAAAGUGAAGUAUCGGUGCUGCAGUGACAUUAUCAUUUAUAUUUAUUUUAGAAACCAUUUAGGAGAAAUCUUAUGGACUCUAUGGAGGAGGAGGAUUGGUCUGCUCGGGUUUUACUCAGAAAUGUUUUGCACACAGAAACACAGCGUUCUCCAGUCACCAGGAGCGUAUCUCGUGAUCAGCGACUUUCACAUGUACGGAGGAGCUCCAGACUGAGGAACACUCCUGAGACGCCUCAUGUCGCUCUACGCCAGAAACUCAAGCAGAAGCUCCAUGAGACCGCUGUUCUGCCUCCAGCCCCGCCCAGUAAACGCUUGAGGUCUGAGGGAAAAGUGUUGAAGACGCCAGCGGUGCACGCCUCCCCUGCGCUGUACGAUGAUGACAUCACGCCUCGCGGGCUGCUCAGGGGAAUCAUCCGGACCGAAGCCGAGGCGUCUCUGCUACUGUCUGGACAGACUGCAAUACCUCAAAUGGAUCAGCAGGAUAUCAAUGCCAGUAUCCAUAGCAACAGACGCAGUGAUGGUGUGUCUGGACUGGAGCUGCCUGAUUUAGCCACCGAGCCGCUGACUCACCUGAUCCGGGGGAUGAGCCGCAGGAGGCCACCGCCCACUUUUAACGUUUCCGCCUUUGAGAAACAACUGGACCAGCCGUCAGGUGAAGAGGAAGAGGAGAAUGAUGUCUCUCGGGAAAAUUCUGAUGUUACUAAGGAUCAGGAUGUGUCUGCUGGCAUGAAAAGUGUCCUCAGCCUCAGCUUGAAGACACCGUUUAUGAACAUUCGGUCCGAGAGAGCUGGUCUGAGGCGAAAAGCGGCUGGACGAAGGAAUCAGGUUUCUGUGGACGCGUUUGAUGAAGCUGUGCAGCAACGUCUAGAGAGACAUCACAAACAAGAUUAUACAGUAGUGCAGGAUGGAAAAACUCUCCAGGACUCAGACUUGCACAAGUUCACCCUGGGUUUGAGUAACAUCACCGUCCCGGAGCUCACUACAGACGUGAUGAUGAGCAACACAGAGCUCUAUGCCCAGCCUCAGACUUCAAUGUUUGAGCUGGGAGGUGUUACAGAGGCUGAGAUGAAGAUAGAUGUCGAUGAUGGUGGUGAUGAACUUCAAGAUGCCGUCCAAGAUCACCAAAACCUUUGUGAAAGUAACGCCACUAAACAUCAGCCAGAUACUUUGGAGGACCAGGAACCUAUUUCUCAGAGCCAGGAACUGGAGGACGAGAUCAUCCCUCCAUCACAAGAGAAUAAGACUGUGACUCUGAGCCCAGAGGAUAUCCCAUUUGCUCCAACCCAGGCCAUGGUGGAGAUCUCGUGUCCUCCCCAGGAGUCAGAAGAAAGCAGGUCUGCUAUAAAGGAAGCUCAGGUGGAAGAAAUAGAGCAGAGAGAAAGUGAGAGUCUUGAGGAAGAGGAGGAAGAGCAAUCACAUCUGCAUCAGCGAAUCACACGGAGAGCGUACCGUUCAGAAGGUGGAGCCAUCAGGAAUGGAGUUGUGGCAAAAGGCAGAGGCACAAAGAGCCUUGGGUUUGGUGAAGAGCCCACAGAGGAACAGGUGCAGAGUUUUGCUGGCGGAACAGAGAUGGAGAUGGAGAUGGAAAUGGAAAUAGUUAGCAUGGAGGAAGAAACAUCAUCUUCAGACGAGUCAUCUUCCCCUGUCCAUACCACAAAACCUUCAGCAUCUCUGACACAUCAGGACAGUCUGGUGCAAAACGCUGAUGAGGCGGACGGUCUGCAAGAUCUUGGCCAAUCGGAAAGCGAGGAAGUGAUUGUGUCUGUUGGUGUUAGCCCCACUGUGGACUUUCCUGCUGCUGAGGAGGAAGAGGAAGUAAAUGAACUGGUAAAGCAGCAGCAACAAGAAGCAGAAGAAGAAGAAGAGGAGGAGGAAGUGCAGCAACAGGAAGAGAUGGUAGAACAUGUAGAGGAGCAGCAACCAGAAGAAGAAGAGGAGGAGGAGGAGGAUAAGCUUGAUGAAGAGGAGGAAGAUGCACAGAGCGAAGAGCUCUCGAUGCAAACUCCAGGUUUCAUUAGACACAGGAAGCAGGUAUCUACCCCUGGUGCUCUGGCUACACCCACCAUCCUCAAACCUCUGAAUGCUGGUCCCUCCCAAAAGGUUGCGAAGCCACGGCUAAAACGUAAUCCGCGCCCAGCCUCUGGCAGCAUUCUCCCAAAGAGCUACGUCAUGAGCAUUUUCAAACACUUUGCCAAAACGAAGGUGGCAAGCGACGUCUAUCCCGUUGUCAGUGACAUAUUGCAAAGGUAUUUUGAUCGUCUGGCGGAUGAUCUUGAGGCGUAUUCGGCUCAUGCAAAAAGGAAGACCAUAGAGGUCGAGGAUGUCGAGCUCCUCAUGAGAAGGCAGGGCUUUGUGACGGACAGCACUCCAGUAAAUGUGUUAAUCGAGAAAUUCCUUCCCCUCGAAUAUAGGAAGCUUCUCAUCCCUGUCGCAACCAGCGGAAAUAAAGUCGUGCCUGAUAAACGGCGAUGAAACAUGUACAUAAUAUUCUCUCUCUCUCUCAUAUUGUCCAUAAAUCUACUUUGCUUUAAUUUGAUUUAAUGCCCUUAUGUUGCAUCCCAUUUUUGGAGAAAACAAAGUAUGUAUUUCAACCACUUCUGUUUAACAUCUCAAGCUUGCAGAUGUACUCUGAUUUUGUUUUUCCCUUUUGUUCGUAAUGUUGAAUGAAUACUAUAAAUAAAGCCUUAAAUAUGCUGUUGUUAAAA